ACUAAUAGGUUAGGUUUCCUUGCGGACAAGUUAACCUAGAAAUGUGACAAGAAAAUAAAUGUGAGAUUGUACUAGUAAUUGAAUAUUUGUUAAUUGAAGGGAGAAUUCGAGUGUGUAUUUAAUAGUUUUCCCGUGAAAAAUGGCUAAAUUUCGAAGCAAAUUGAAAGGUGGUAGCAAAGGAAAGCGAUGGGCAAAAGGUCAGAGCUCAAGUUCCAAUCCAACAACCCGUAAAUUUCGGAAUGCAGCUUCAUUUUCUUGUUUUCAAAGCAAAUCAGGUCCUAGCUCUUUGACCGUAGCAGCUCUCCAAAAACAUGAAAAUAAACUGAGUUCUUUUUCUGUACCUCGAAAGGUUGAAGAACCUAUUGAAGUAGAUGAUGAUACUGCAACUCAAUCUUCUUGCACUUCUGCCGAUUCAUUUGCAUCAGAUUGGUCAGGAUGCUCGCAUAUGUCAUUCAGUAGGUUCCUAAAUGUAUUUAGGGCAGAUUCUCAGAUACAUAAAGAAAUGUUAGCAAUAUUAGCUGCUGUUCGAGAAGUAAUUUUAGAAAAUGAGGAACGUGAGGAACCAACCUCAACAGAAUAUUUUGGCACAUUGAUGACAACUCUAGAUGGACUUUAUAAAAAUGAUGAUCAAAUACAAGUUGCUGCUGUUCUCUCUUUGUUGAGUAUGGGUAUCAAAACAGUGCCUGAUCCAGUACUUAAACUUAAAUUUGAUGAAAUCACACAAAAAAUGCUGAUUAUUAUGAAGGAUUAUGUGGUUUCAGAUAAUAAUGUUGUAAUUAAAGCUGUUCUUAACAUAUUGAGUCAUAUGUUGCAUAUUUUGGAAGCACCUGCUUGGAAUACACGCAUCAUUGAAACAUUUACUACUUUGUUGAACCCAUUUUGUAUUCAUUCAAAGCCAAAAUGGAGAAAGGCUGCUCAAAGAGCUGUGAUAAACAUUGUACGAAAUGGAGGUUUCAAGAAUUCUUCUACAAAUGUAGCAGCAGUUGAAGUAGCCAAGUUUUGUGAAAGUACAUUGAAUAAUUCAUUGGGCCACAGUGAGGAUAACACAGUUUUAGUAUCAUCUUUGAAAACUGGUCAAACUACAAUAUUACAUACCUUAGGACUUAUGAGAGAUGUUAUUUGCUACUUUCCAAAAAAAUAUAUUAAGUCAUCUUGUGAACUCAUUUUGAAGCUUAUAACCUUGAAUUAUCGAAUUGUGACCCAUAAUGGAUUUGAAGUUCUUCAUUCCUUGUUUUCUGCUCAAAAUGCUGUUGUUCCAGCUCAAUUGAAUGGCCAAUUAAUAACAGCACUGUAUGACUAUCAGCCUUCUUCUUUAGACGUUCAGGCCCAUCAUGCAUGGGUGUUGGUUAUGGAAAAAGCACAUAUCCAUUUAGCAGAUGUUGAUUUAUCUCUUGCCUGUGAAGCUUUUCCCAAAAUAUUUCAAACAUUUACUCAACUCUGGUGCUCAGAGAAGACAGAUUUUCAAACAAAUAUUACACAUGCAUUGGAGGUUCUCUUGAAAGAUGCAGUAACACCAGCUUGUGCUACUAGACAGCUUGUAGAACAAUACCAUUCGAAGUUAGCCAAAGUAUUCAAUACAAUAGAAAGUUGUCUUGGGUAUCAAUAUCAUACUGUUUGGCAUCAUGUACUUCAUGUUAUAAGUGUUAUGUUUGAGGUUGGUGGCUUACAUUGCAAGGAAAUGUUUUUCAGUACACUGAGAGCUCUUUCCGAAUUGAGGGAUUCAUAUAAAUUCACUUUCAAUAAUGAAUUGGAACAUGCAGUGGGAUCAGCAAUUCGAGCACUCGGUCCAGAAAUUGUUCUUGAUGUUAUUCCUCUCAUGAGAGAUAAUGGUGAUUUAAAUAUUGACAGAUCAUGGCUUCUACCAGUUCUUCGAGAAAAUGUUAAAAAUUCUACCUUGGGCUAUUUCACCAAAAAUAUUUUGUCCAUGGCCAUGUCUUGCCAUCAAAAAUCUAUUCAAAUGGCAAAAGAAAAAGAUGUGGCAGGAGCUCAUAGCGCUCAAAUGUUGUAUUUCCAGUUAUGGAAUUUACUUCCUAGCUUCUGUAACAAUCCAAGUGAUAUUAAAGAAAAUUUCAAAGGCAUUGCAAGAGUUAUGGGAACAGCCCUUGCUGAUCACAAAGAUUUAAAGUUAUCUGUUAUGGCAUCUUUAAGAAAACUCAUCAAUUUUGCUAAGAGUAAGAAGGACGAUAAGAGUGAUGUCGAAGAAUUAGCUAGCUAUGAUAAAAACUACCUUCCAAUUUUAUUCAAUAUUUAUACUAGCAAGCCUUUAGGUAGUGACGAAGAAGGUCAUAGAUUGGCCGCGUUAGAAACAAUCAAACUAUUCUUGACAAUAUCCAGCGACGAUUUGAGAGGGCAACUUUUCAAAAACGGCUUGAAAGUACUUGGUAGUUCUUCGGAAGACCCAGAAGAAUUGUUUAUAAAGGAGAGCAUUUUGGAUUUGAUUCGUACUUUAGUACCUUAUCAAUCAGUUCAAAACAUUGAGACUCUUUAUAAUCAAUGCGUGAAAAACCUUCCUGAAAUCAAAAAUAAGAAAGAGCAAAAAAAAGCAUACAGAAUACUUGAAGAAAUAUGCGGAGGCGAGUCUGAAAAUUGUAAAGAGUUCUUGAAGAAACAUAAAAAAGAUAUACAAAGAGUAUUGAGAGCAUCGAUGGAAACAGCUGCCGUUUCGAGUAAAGGCGCAAGAUUGAGAUGUUUUCACUAUUUAUUGAAAGCUCAACCGCAACUGGAUCAUGAUAGCAAAUUGAUAAAGACUGUAAUUCCCGAAGUUAUUCUAUCUUGCAAGGAUAUCAACGAAAAAUGUCGUGCUACAGCUUAUGAGAUACUGAACACUAUUGGAGAACAAUUAAUUUACCAAGAUCAGGUGCAAGAAUUUGUAAAAUUGUUGGUAACCAGCUUGGGAGGAACAUCACAGAUGAUGAGUUGCACAAUACUAGCAUUUGCUUCGAUACUACAUAAUUUUUCAGGAUCUAUUGGACAAGAAAACAUUCAGCAUAUACUACAUAAUGUACUGACACUAACAGCUUCACCUACAAGGGAAAUAGUUGGUUCUUGCUUUGCUUUCUUGAAGACCUAUAUCAGGACUUUACCUACUCCUCUGGUAGGAACAUCCUUAGCAGCCAUAAUGAAAUCAUUCAGUGAAAUGUCAGAAGAUUGUAAACGUCACUUCAGAUUGAGAAUACGUGACGUUGUUUCUGUAUUAGUUAGAAAAUUCGGAGCUGAUGGAAUUGCUCCAUAUGUUCCACAAGAUGAUGAAAUUAUGUUGAAAAGACUGAGGAAUUUAAGGAAAAAAGAAGCUAGAAGGAAACGUAAGGGAGAAAUGGAGCAAGCAGAAUCAUAUGAUGAAGAAGAGAAUGACGAAUUCCUCAUCAAUUCCAAACAUAAGAGUAUUGGCGAUAUUCUCGCGGAUUCUGAUUCAGAAGAUGAAAGUAUGGAUACUGACGAGCCCAAACCAAAGAAGAAGAGAAGGAAUGAGAACUAUAUCCAAGAGGAUCCUGAUUCAAUUGUUGAUUUAGCUGAUCCAACUGCAGUAGGAAAAGUUUCAACAUCGAAACCAGUUCCCAAAAUUGAGAAAGAGGAAGAAAUUAAGAAAAAAGAAAAAGACAGGGGUUUCAAAACCGGGAAUGAUGGAAGAUUGAUAAUAAAAGAGGAUUCAUCAGAUAGUGAAACUGAUGAGAAGAAAAACAAAAUAAGUUUUGAUGCAUCUGAUUCAGAAGAGGAAAGCGUUGAAACUAUGCCACUAACAAAUAGAAAAAGGAAACGAUCUGAUACUGCCAGCAUGGCUAGUGGUUUUACUGCAACUACUAGCAAGAGUUCUAAAUAUAAGCAUGGCGGAGUUGGUAUCCAUAGAGCUUUGGAUACAUCAUCUCUUCGAAGUGGAACCACUGCUGGUUCAGAAUAUAGGUCAAAGAAGGCCAAAGGAGACGUCAAAAGGAAAGGAAAAUGUGAUCCUUACGCUUAUCUGCCAUUGCAAAGAUCGGCACUUAAUAAGAGGAAUAAAAAUAAUAAGAAUAAGAAGACAAACUACUUUUUGUAAAUAUAUAAAUAGAUACUUUUGACUCAAUCCAUUAUUUAUGUAUAGUAUAUAUAUAUAUAUAUAUAUAUAUAUAUAUAUAUAUAUAUAUAUAU